AUGCAACGUCGGGUUCCCCGUCUCCCUGAUCUGGUUCUGGGAGCUGCAGACGAGCUCGCCGUGCGGGGAGUUGGAGGUGUCGCUGUGGUUUACGAUUACGCAGCCGAAGGCCUCGAAGGGACAGGGCGAGUUGAGCGCGCUGUUUGCGGCGCGCAUCCAGUGUUCACGGGUGGAAUGGGGGAUGGUGUCGGGAGGGGAGAGAGUGGUGGAUGA